GAUGCUGUGCUGAGCAUCUACGUCUCCCGGAUGUGCCUUCAUUUUAGCUGUGAAACAAAAAUGGGCAUGUUAUUGGUUAGCCUCUGGGAGCAAGAGAAAAAUACCAACUUUCUAAUGUUUUAAGCCUGUGGUUACCAAAUUCUUCAAACGUAUAAGUUCAAGCUUCAAUAUACUGGCAGUCUACAGAAGAUAAAUGAAAUCACAAGGAAAAACAGAGGUGAGUUCUGGUCAAGUGCUGGGAGAGUAGAGGUAACUUGAACCUCAGGUUGGACUUCACCUUCAAAUUGUUGACAGGGAUUUUGCCAUCCCCCCUUCCCUGUCCACCACCUUUGGGCGCAGAGUGAUGACUUCACAUCAGAAUGACAAUUUCAGCCCUCCCUUGCUUGUACCACAGAACUCUUCCACCCAUCAAGGUAGGCCUCACACACAGCCCAACCAGCUGGACUCAUCCCACAACAGCAGCAGUGGUAGCGGCAGCAGUAGUAACAGCAGUGUAGCUGCAUCCACGGCACAUAGAGGAGCCAUGGGGGGUAUGUCUUCCUCACCUCUCACCCCAAGCACGGUGGCCCUGAACAGGGCCGCCUCAGCCUCCUGUAGCACCUCAGCUUCGUCGAGGAGACCCACGUCUGGACGUUACGAGCCCUGGCCAGAGGAGGCCGUGGACAAUGCCUACGGGCUGUACUCGCUGCAUCGCAUGUUUGACAUUGUCGGGGCGCAGCUCACAAACCGCGAUGUGCGCGUGCUGUCGUUCCUGUUUGUGGACGUCAUUGAUGAAUACGAGCGCGGUGGCAUUCGCAAUGGAAGGGACUUCCUGCUGGCACUGGAGAGGCAGGGCCGGUGUGACGAGACCAACUUCAGACAUGUGCUCCAGCUGCUCCGCAUCAUCACCCGACACGACCUGCUGCCCUACGUCACGCUCAGAAAGAGACAGACAGUGUGUCCAGACCCAGUGGAUAAGUACUUGGAGGAGACGUCCGUGCGUUAUGUAUCCCCCAGAGGCUCUGGGGAGAACAGAGAAGGCCCCUCGCACAGAAGGACAGGUCUGGGGCCCCAGCCUCUGAUAUGCUGCUCCCCCUCGGGUCCCCGCGUGUGCCCCCCACGUGCCAAACCAGGGCCCUCGGCCCCCAGCCGCAAGAGGAAGAGGGCCCACUCCAGUGCAGACUGCAGGGAGAAGCAGACAUGUGACAUUCGUCUCCGCGUGCGUGCCGAAUACUGCCAGCACGAGUCGGCCCUGCAGGGCAACGUCUUCUCCAACAAGCAGGAGGCCCUGGAGCGGCAGUUUGAGCGCUUCAACCAGGCCAACACCAUUCUCAAGUCGCGCGACCUCGGCUCCAUCAUCUGCGACAUCAAGUUCUCCGAGCUGACCUACCUGGACGCCUUCUGGCGGGACUACAUCAACGGCUCCUUGCUGGAGGCGCUCAAGGGCGUCUUCAUCACGGACUCGCUCAAGCAGGCUGUGGGCCACGAGGCUAUCAAGCUCCUCGUCAACGUGGAUGAGGAGGACUAUCAGGCCGGACGCCGCAAGCUUUUGCGGAACCUCAUGGCCGGCGGCGGCAGUAGCGGGGCGGUGGCGGCAGCAGCCGGAUCCAGCGGGAGCAGAGAAACGACGUCGUAGUCACCGUGUUGCAAGAAUGUUUCUGUUGUGGUGGUAGGAACGAGCAGAGAUGGAAAGUGGGGGGAUUCGAGUGAAGGGCAGUGUGGAUGUUGGCUUCAUAGAAGAAGAAGGAGAAGAAGAUGAAGUGGGAGGGUUUGAGAAUUUUUUCGCACACUGAGGGAAACGUAUAUGUGUGGUAUGAAGCGCAGUGCAACCAAUGACUGAAGUAUUUUGGGAGGCGUCGUACAAAGUUGAGUGCCAGGUGCCACUAAGCUAUGAGCCUUUUAAAGACCCAUGGAAGAAGUCAUUUUGAGGGAUAGUGAAGGGCAAUGGAGACAUUUGAAGCAUGGAGACAUUUAGUUUUGGGCUUUCUUUAUCUAGUUCAGCGUGAUUUUCUUUCGUAACCUAAAUCAUGAAACAUACUUAUUACACAUUUUCAUUGUGUACUGCCCAGUCGUCUGCUUUUACAACUGUUCCCGAAGUGAUUUUGUUGGAGGUGGAGAUGUUCCUGUUUAACUGUUAGAUCCAGAGGGGAGCUUGCCACAGUAUUUUGGAUUUUGUAUACGGAAAUAAGUUUUUACCAUCUUCAAAUGGGUUUAUAUCUAAAGUUUAUAUUCUCAUAAGUAAUUACUUGUAUAAACUCCAGUUAAUACCCAGAACAAGUUAUAAUUUCAAGCAGUCAUAGUUUUUGUUUAAGGAAAAUAUGGAAAGACAUGUUCUUUCGAGGGUAUGUUGGAAGGUUCAAGGUUCAGAGCAGUGUGUUUCUAAGUUGAAUAACUAAUGCCUUCACAUGAGCCAGAGGCUAUUAUUCCCUGUUCAGUUUAGUAGUUAACCAGUUAAGUGCACUGAAUGAUCAUUAUUUGAUUUUAAGUUUGGGAGUAGUGUAUGUGUACUUAAGUUAAUAGCAGAAAGAAUUGACUUGUCAUGGAACAUAUUGUAAAAUAAAGCCUUCCAGUUGCCCAAAGGCCAUUUUGAACAAUCACUCUCAGCAAGCAGAUUAUGUUAGCUAUAUAAUGAAUGAAAAGGCAAAUGGCACCAAUUCCAUAUUAUUUAAACAAUCAAUUUAUAGUGUAGGGAAUAAAAUUGAAGGUCAAUUUUAAAGGACAGUUGUUAUUUGGACCAAAUCCAACCUCGUUGUAAAUCUUUUAUUUUCUGUCUCCUUUUUUAAUGGACAGUAACAUCUUCGAGUCAUGUCCAGUUUAUUUUCACUAGAAGAAAUUUCUUUGUCAAUCUCACUAAACCACAUUUUCCUAAACAGUCAUAGUUAUACACAAAUAAAUGAUGAAUUCAUUUAAAAAGGACUAUUUGUUAAAUAAAUAAGUCGUUUUUAUGGUUUAUUCACAUCUCAACAUGUAAAUCAGGAUAUGGCUUAAACAGAACCAUUGUCUAUUGAUGCGUUGUCAUUUGGCCAUUUAAACCUCUCGUCGUUUCGAUCAAACGGCACCACAACUGGCCAUCAGAGAUUCUGCAUAAUACUACAAUAGUGUAAAUGUUAUGGUUGUCAUGACUUUAGCCGUUUGUCACUGGCGGGACUUUAGACUGCCCUGGGGUGCUACUUGGGCAGCUGUCUUGAAUGGGCCCGUAUGUAAUGGAGAGCAUUUGGUUUUAGUGGUUGGAUUAGCGUGCUUUAGGACGUUGCCCUGAUUUUUAUUUGUACUUCUCACCACCCACAUACUCGCAUACCUACUUAAAUGUGUGUUACACCUCUUCUGACGUUACACUUGGUUCUGAUGUGUGCACCUGAAAAGGUUGUUUUUUGGGAGGGGGGGGGGGUUGGUUGUUUGCAGUCCCAUGUGCUCUUUGAGAAAAUGCUGUACACCUGUAUGUGGUCAAAUUGUGUUCACUCCCCCAAAUAAUCUUCAUGAUCUGGAUAAUCCCCAAUUUAUAGCUAUCUUUGGAGGUGACCAUAUCACUUGUGUGGUGAUUUCUGUUUCAUUUUAGCUCAUGUUUAGUUUUUUACAAUUUUUUGACCCCCCCCCCCCCCCCCCCCCCCUUAUAAUUGUACCUAGUCUUUCACUUGUGGAAUCGACUUGUUAACAAACAAAUUCAUCGGUGUCUUAUGUUUACCCUUACUAAAACAAAAUGGCAAGAAUCUUUUUGAAAUUUUGGAGACAAGAUGGGCUGUUGCACCUAAAAUACCAAAGCUGUUCUCUAAACUAGGACUAAUGGAUGGUGUCUUUCUCCCCAGCCUUUUUCAAGUUGCUUUUCGAUUUCCCAACAGUUGCUCGUUAACUUGUCAAAAAAAAAAAAAAACUGAAUCUGAAAGAAGAGAAAGACUGGGAACUGGUGUCCAAUGGUCUCUUGGUUUGUGGCUUUUGCUGACACAAGGCCACGUGUUAGCAUUACUGAAAACUUAACCAUACAAAGGAAAAAAAUGACUCUGUUUUCCUAAUGGAAUUAACAAAAUGUUACAAUCUGGUAUCUAUUAUAUAGGUUAUAUGUUCUAUCGAUUGUGUUCGAGUGUGUCUUUAUAACUUGCAUGUAUAUGAUGUUGAUCCCCCACAAACACCACAGAGAAAGGAAAAAAAGAAAAGAGAAAAAACAUGAAACAUAACAAACUGUGUUCUCUGUAGGUUUAAAGAUUCUAGUUGUUUCUAACAUUUUUAUUUUCUUUCCCAAGAGAAAAUUUGGACUGCCGUGUUGAAAAAGUGUACUGUCCACUUACUAGAAGAGAUCAGAAGGGAGCACUUUAUUUUUUACUGUUGCAGAUAUUCACCUUUAGUAUCAAUGCAUAGUCAUAUACGUCAUUCCGAAAACCUAGGAGAUGUUGAGCAGCAUUUGCCUUAUGUUGCAUUAUGACUUUGCUUUUUGAAUAUUCUUAUUUGUGUUGACCAAGAAAGAGAUUGUGUUCAGUGAAUAUUUACAUACAUAAUAGUAGACUGAUGCAUUCAAUGUCCGUACAAAUCAAUAAAACAAGCAGUUAAGAAAA